AUGUCCUUGUCGGCCCUGGAGCCCAUGUCCUUGGCAGUCAGAGCCAGAGCUUUGGCCAUGACAACGACCAGACUGAGAUGGAACACGCUGGCGACAAUGAUGACGCUGGAGACGGUGCAUCGACCAGGUGUGACAAUGCGCCCCCGUCAGAGUUUGAUUUUGAAUUGCCAAGUGAUGCUGGGGAGCAUGAUGGGCAAACAUUCGCUCAUGAUGAUCACUCUAGUGACUUUGAGCCGCCAAGUGGCGCGGAUGACCAAGCAGUUGAUUCUUCUCGUGACUUCGAUUUGCCACACCCAAGUGACUCUGCUGCUAUUGGUGUCCCAGGAGUUGGUUCCGGCUUUGAUUGGGUAUAUCUUCAAAGAUCGACAGGCACAUUCUUGCAAAGAGCGGUUUGCGGAAGUCACAGCAGCAUUGAAGGAUGCUUUGAUCGAACCCCCAGCCAGCAGCGUGGAGGUCGAGAAGCAGCGUGCCAACUUUCAGGUGGAUGCCAAUGUGACCAAAGCCAACACCAAGCGGCCCUUGACCUUGCAGCUGGACAGCUACAUUCUUUCGUGCCUUUUGGAGCAUCGUAGGUUCACGGAGCAUCUGGAGAAGCAGUGCUGGGGUGCUGACCAUAGCAAGGUUCUCCGUUGGAUGAAAGGGCGCAUGGUUGACUCUACGGCGCCAACUUCAAAGCUUUCUCUCCGGAAGACAUCAGAAUUGAACAGCGCAGGGACGGUCAAACGUAGACCGGGGCUUUUGAAAGGGCUGUUGUUGGAAGCUUAG